UCAAAAUGGGGGCCGUGGAUAAGGCGGACAUGAUAAACAGCUUUGUGGAAUGCACUCGGAAAACGACCAAGUGGUAUAAGAAGAUAUUUUUCCAGCUGAUCGACACUGCUGUCCUCAACGGCAGCAUAGUUCACCGCCAACUAACAGGUAAAGUAAUUACCUACCAAAAAUACAGAGAGAACCUCAUGAGAGAGCUGUUGGAGGAGCACCACACCCCUCGGCGCCCCUCCACUGGGGGUCGCCCUGCUGUAGACAAUCCCCUACGCCUCACUGCACGGCAUUUUCCCUGCAAAGUCCCUCAAACUGCUGCUCAAGGUAGUCGCACACGGAGGCACUGCAAAGUCUGCCUGUCUGGCGCCAGGAGAAGUAAGCAGAGGAAGAUAACAAAAUACAUGUGGUUAGCUUGUGAUACACCUCUAUGUAUUUCACCAUGCUUUGAGGAGUAUCACAUGCUCAAGCAUUAUUGA